UCGCCGCUGAGUGCUAUCGCAUUCUCGUUAUCCAUCGCUUCUGCAUGGCACAUAUGCGUUUUAAGUGGCGUCUACAAUGACAUUUUAAGGCGCUACUUUACAUACGCUAAAACAUUUGGAAGAUACUUACUGUAAACAAAAGUGUAUGUGCAUACAUGUAUACGCGCGCGCGCGCCUUUUUCACUUGUCGCUUGAAGUUGUCUCUGGCUCGUCAUCAUUGAUAAGACACAAGUGGAAUUUUCAGUUUAACUCAGCAGCAGCAGCAGCAGCAGCAGCAACGGCAAUAACAGUAGCAACAUGCCAACUACGAGAGGUUCCUCGGGGUAUUUAAAGCGUGCAAAUACUGAACGGCUCCAUGAAAUUUUUAACCAGUACGCCUCACAGGAGAAGAAUGGCGAGAGGUUCAUGACUGCUUCUGACUUUGUACGCAGUUAUCUUGGCCUUUACACGGAUGCCGAUUAUAAUCCCGAUUCUGUCAAUUUACUUGCUGGUAUCGUCGAUACUAGCAAAGAUGGGUAA